CCUGAACGCAGCACAGAGACUGGCUGUUGGGAGCUGACGGUUGAUCUCGAUGUUGUGACGCGUGAGAGCAAACCUCAGCAUGGAGAGCUCCACACAGGCACCAGCCACUGACUCCUCAGCACGCACCUUCUCCCAGGUGGUGUUCAACGACAUCCCCCACUCAUACCCACCUUCAACCUCCGUCACCUGCUGCUACACCCUCACUGCCGCCUUCCAGCCCAACCCCAGGGACUGGGUGGGCAUCUUUAAGGUGGGGUGGAGCACAACAAAGGAUUAUCAUACCUUUGUGUGGGUGGAUCCCAGCCUGGAUGUGUCAGGGCAGCAGUAUGUGACAAGACAGGCUGUUUUUAAGGAUUACUACCUUCCUAAGGAUGAGAUCGAGUUCUACCAGUUCUGCUAUGUGGACAGAGUCGGCCAAGUGCGAGGAGCCAGCACUCCCUUCUGUUUCAGAAACCCGGUGGAGCAGAGCAUGGAGAGCAGCCCGGACGACGACCUCCUGGUUAUCACAACACAGGAACAGGUCGAGCAGAGCGUACGUGAGAAAACCGAACUGCAGAAAGAGUUGGAUCAGAUAAAGGAGGAAAAUGAAACUUUAAAAAGAGCUCUGCAGACCGAACGGCAAGAAGCCGCCAGCUUAAAGGGGCAGAAUGAAGAGAACAAGAAAGAAAUGAGUCAACUGCUCAAAGAAAUGGAUCAAAUCAAGGAACAAAAUGAAAACUUACAAAGCAACUUACAGCAGCAGCGGAAAGAAACGGACCGCUUAAAGGAGGAGGCGUUGGCCCAAAUGACAAAGCAGAUGGAGAUACAGCAACAUAAUGCGACGGAGCAGAAAAAAAGGAGUCAAAGCUUGACUUUAGAUGAAGAAUCAAAAAAAACUGGGGAGAAAUACGACCGAGCUGUGAUGAAGAUCAACCAGCUCAAAGAGGAGCGUGAGGAGCUGACGAGAAGGUUUGAUGCUCAAAGUGGGGAGAUUAACCUGCUAAAUUCCAAACUCAGAGAACAAGAAAGGGAACUGUUCAAAAUGAAAGACAGCAUCCAGCUCCUGCAGGUUGACCUUCAGAGCAGUGAGAAAGAGAAGGAGAGGCUCUCAGCAGAGCUGCGAAGGUCGCAAAACGUUGUGCAAAACAUGGACGACCUGAAGAGUGAGAACCAGGAGUUACGUAGGAGGCUGUUGCAGGCGGAGGCUCUGCAGGACUGUCCAGAUGACAGUCUAAGGGUGCAGUGUCAGACUCUUACCUGCCAGCUACAGGAUACUCAGGCGAAGUUGGCGGCUGAGAAGGAGCAGUCAAAAAACAUCAGUAGACGAGUUGAGGGUCUGGACAGAGAGCUCAGUCAUGUCAAGGAUCAGCUGGAGAAUGUGAUCUCAUCAUAUGAGGAGGCACAACGGAAAAAUAGCAAACAAGAGAUACUGCUAAAGGAGGCGCAUUUGAUGAUCGCAGAUAAAGAAGGCAUCAUGGAAGAGAAGGAAGACCUCAUCAGGCUCGUGAGACAUGAGAAAGAAGAGCUGGCUAGAGAAAACCAGAGUCUCAUGAGUGAUAUCGAGCGGAUGCGCAGUGCUUAUGCUGAACUCCAAGCAGCUCCCCCUGCCGACUCAUCAUACAUGCAGCCUGACAUCCCCUCACCCCUUGACACCACUUCAUCCAUCCAUGAAUGGCAACAGCAGGAGACACCUGAAGAGGCUGAGCACCUGUAUGAGACCAUAGGGAGUGUUGCAGACCCAGUAGAGCAGUCGUUGGUGUGUCGUCACUGCCAGGAGAGCUUCCCCCUCAUAACCCAACAGGAACUGGAGCAGCACGAGCAGAGUCACAGAGUCUGUCCCUUCUGCACGAUGAUCUGUGACAACAUGGAGCAGUCUGUGUUUGAAGAUCACGUCUACAGCCACGAGGUGUGAGAAAGUCACCGGGUGUGAUUCAAAAGUCUGGAGGGGAAAAAUGUCUUACAAGGUGGUUGGUCAUGUGUAAAAGGACCACGCUGAUAUUUUUGCACAAUUUACUGCAAAUUACUGUUGACUAUUUUCCAAAGCAUACUGAAGUUUUCUACCAUCCAACAGCUAUUAGUGUCCAUCGUGCGUUCAGUCUGCAGGAGAGCCAGCUGACUUGAACCCUGCCUGAGUUAUGCAAUCCAUCACUGUGAACACAGUGUUCUCAUUUAUUUUGGUCAGAUGUUAUCACUGUUAGGCAUUUAGUGGAGCUGGUUUUUAAAGGUCUGCAGUGGAUUACCACACAACAUUUUUGAUAUGUGCCAGUAUGGUACCCCCAGAGUUUCUGUAUCGAAAACACAAAACCCUUAUUUUCUUUAAGCGAAGAUGUAUUUUGCCUAAAAUAAGACACUGAAUUCACAUAUUUUCUAAUUACUUAUAAUUAAAUCACCAGCAACAGUCCACUAGACACAAGUUUCUGGCUCUCCCUUCUUUAGUGUGUGUGUGUUAAGCACAAAACAAGUCUACGAACGUUCAUGCGUGUAGUUUAGCCAGUUGUGAAAUGUAAGAUGAAUAUUUGCAAUAUUUGCUGUAAUGGACUUGUGCUCAUGGAUGGUACAUGUAGCACCCUAAAAGAUCUUAAAUAUAAUAGUUAGUAGAGCCCGUUUAUCUCUUUGGUUUGUAGAAAAGUGGCAAAAUUCUGAUUUAAACCCUAAAGAAGUACUGAUGUUCGAUACCCAGCCCUACACAACUCGUUUAUUAUAAUAUAAAUAGUACAAAAAUAAAAGUAGGCUUGAUGUUCACGGUUAAAUUAAUUUUAAACCUAUCAUAUGCUUUGGAAAACUAACAGCAGUAAGGUAUAUAUGAUUUGGAGAUAUGCUUAAACAAUGGAACGGUCCUUGAAGUCGAUAAAAUUGUAAUUUUAAAUAGCGACGGCACAUUUAAAACUUGAUAUAUUAUUACACAAUAUAGCUUUGCACUUAUCAUCUGAGGAACUUCUGAUCUACUAUAACCAGAUCAUACUGAUGUAAGUGUUUAUUACCCAAGUUUCUGUAGAUUUUAAAAUGUACAUGACAGAAUGUAUUGUUGAUAUGAGGCUGAGCAAUGAUCCAAAGUGAAUUGAUAUCAAUGAUCAAUUCAAAUGAAUAAAUGUAAGUGCAUUUUAAAUCCUGCUAACGUAAUAAAAGUUGAGUUAAACUGCUA